AUGUUUCUUACUGUAUCUGAUCAAUCAAGUACGGCUCUUCAUAUUCUUUUACAUGCAAAUCUACCUUAUACAAUCUUUUGGUUUAUUAUGGAAAUUCUUCUUUUUACUUUUAAAAAUUUCCAUUUAACAUAUGCUUCUAAUGCAUUCGGCAAUUUAAUGUUAAAUAAUGCCCUUCUAAUUAUUUCUAUUUUCUAUGGAUUAUGUUGUGCAAUUGGUUUUGUUUUCUUUCUUAUAUUGCAAUCAUACGCUCAACGUCUAGAAAUGCUUCUUGCAGGAAUCAGUUUAACAUUAAUCUUAAUUGAAAUUUUACUCAGUAUUAUCACACUUAUUCGUAAUAGUCGAGCAAUGCCUGUAUUAACCAAAGAUCAAAAGAUUGCACGAUUAAAUCUAGCACAAAAACGAUUUCAAACAUCAGUUAAAACUGAAUAG